AUGUCUACUCGCGCGUACACAGACGGAGGGCCACACAUCGACGACCCUCCAGCUUAUUCUCCUCCUGAUACUUACCCUCCACCAGAACACGGUAUACGACUUGCAGAUACUCCAGUCUCGACGGUUCUCGAGGUCUCAGGCGCUUAUGACGAGCAGGACGAGAGCGUGCCAUGGCGGAGGAGCGUAGAGGGCGAAGUUUCCGAUCUGCAUCUCGCGAGCGAGGCAGAGAAGAAGAGACUGUGGUGGCGAAAUGCUGUGAUUAAUGCUAUCUUUAUUGCCGCGUGGUUCACAUUCGGCCUUCUAAUAUCCCUCUACAAUAAAUAUAUGUUCUCGCCAGAACGUUUCGGUUUCCCAUACCCGCUAUUCGCUACGUUCACGCAAAUGAUCGUCCAAUUUAUCCUGGCGAGCGCGCUACGAUUCGGGAUGCCCAGAGUGUUCCGGCCAAAACUGGACCCAGACAGGAAACAGUGGAUGCAAAAAGCGGCCCCGACAGGUGUCAUGACUGGUCUGGACAUCGGAUUGUCCAAUGUCUCCCUUCAAACCAUCACGUUAUCAUUCUACACCAUGUGUAAAUCCUCGUCCUUGAUAUUCGUUCUCCUCUUCGCCUUUCUUUUCAAGCUGGAGCAACCGUCAUGGCGUCUCGUCUUCGUUAUUUUUCUCAUCGUUUCCGGCGUGCUCCUUAUGGUCUUCACUCAGACGCACUUCGUUCUUGUCGGUUUCAUCCUGGUCAUGAGUGCGAGCCUGAGCGGCGGUUUUAGGUGGGCGCUAACGCAGGUGUUGUUGAGAGACCGAAAAAUGGGCUUGGACAAUCCAGCCGCUACGAUCUGGUGGCUCAGUCCUAUCAUGGCCGUCACGCUCGGCGUCAUCAGUAUGUUCGUGGACGACUGGGUUGGCUUGUUCCGCGAACAAAAAUGGUUCAGCAGUGUCGGACAGGCUACGACCACGUGCGUCAGCUUGUUGAUCCCUGGAAUGCUGGGCUUCAGUAUGGUGCUGAGUGAGUAUUACAUCAUCCAGCGCAUCGGCGUCGUUCCCAUGUCGAUUGCAGGGAUAGCGAAGGAGGUCGCCACCAUCACUGUCUCGGCCUGGGUCUUCGGUGACGAGCUUACGCCCUUGAACAUCACCGGCGUCAGUAUCGCCAUCUCUGGGAUCGGGCUUUUCACCUAUCACAAGUACCGAAAGUCGAUCGAAUCUCCAGUGCCGCUCGAUGCCCACGGAAAUCCGAUCGUGAUAGAAGACGAAACAAGUGAUGCGUUGGGGUUGACAAUGGGUCGCGGAUCCAUUGGUGCAUACGAUGAUGGAGUUGGAGGAUUGUCAAUGGGUGGAGACGAGGAAAGGGUACCGUUGGCCAGAACGAUGGAUCUUGAAGCCGAUCCACACACGCGUGCAAGUCACGAAUGGUCAAAUACAAACGACACGGCUACUUCCUCCGAAGCAGCAAUGAUCGACGGUCAUCUAGGUACUUACCACGAACCGCCGCAACUACUAUUUUCCGUGGAUGAUGCCGACGGAGAAGGCGACGAGGAACGGCAAGAGCGGGAGCUGCGGGAGCUGGAUCGCGAGCUCGGUUUAGAUACCUACGAUCCGCCCUCAGCAAAGAGAGCGUUCGAUGCAAAAACUCGCUCGAGCUUGGCGGCGGACGGUCUCGAGGAUCCCGAUCCGUGGAGUUUCGGAGAGGAGCCCCCGGCGGAGGAAAACGGUCACCUACGUCGUGACUGACCGACUGCUAUGUUCAGAGUUGUGCGCCCUUCGAUGUUGUGCGUCUUCGUGUGUCUGUUCCAACAUCUAUUAUUACCGCAGUAUUUCCAAGAGGUGGCUAUCUUCGGGCGGGGUGGGUAUGUAUUCGGCAGACAUCGUGUUCUUCAGUCGGGUUGGCGUGUUCGGUGGGCAAGGAGGCGUGGCCGAGCGUGAUGUCGGCGGCGUCGUUUUUUGUGUGUAGUGUUUUUUGGGCGUGAAUCGGAUCGGUUACAUUGCAUAGAACUGACUAAUGUCAUCCUUUUUUUAACACGGUAGUUCGCUCAGACCGAGAUCAUUUCGGUAACUUAUUCCACCUAUAGACCACAUACAGUCCUUUCUCAGUCUUAAG